AUGCCGAGUUGUGCAUAGAGCAUAAAAGCCAAUCCAAAACUUCCAAAACGAAAAGCCAUUGCAACACUCAGUCAUGGACUCGGCCUACCUUACUCACGUAGCCUUUUCUCUCUUCUUUCCUCUCAUAAUUCUCUACCUUAUAAUACUUUUCCUACCACCCUUCUUCAUAUACAAGCUCUUCCUCUCCCUCCUCCCCUCCUCCAAUGAGAACAUGGCACGUAAGGUCAUCCUCAUCAUUGGCGCUUCCUCCGGCAUUGGCGAGCAAUUGGCUUACCAGUAUGCAAAGAAAGGGGCCUUCCUAAUCCUCGUUGCAAGGAGAGGGAAUGCACUUAAAGAGGUCGCGGAGAAUUCACGCCGGCUCGGUUCACUGGAAGUCCUCCUGAUUCCUGCUGAUGUCUCCCAGAUUGAAAAGUGCAAGGAGAUUGUGGAGAAAUCAAUCAGCCAUUUCGGGCAAUUGGAUCAUCUGGUAGCCAAUGCUGGAUUGGGUGCAUCCUGUCUGUUCGAAGAAGUGGAGGAUAUCGCCCGCUUCACAAAAAUAAUGGAUGUGAACUUCUGGGGUUCAGUCUGCCUGACAUACUACUCAAUCCCUCACCUCCGAAAGAGUAAGGGAAGGAUCAUUGUAAAUGCAUCAUUAGCAGGCCAGGCUGCUAUCUCCAAAGCAAGCUUCUAUCUGGCCAGCAAGGCAGCUCAGAUAAAGUUCUAUGAAACACUGAGGAUUGAACUCGGUUCAGAUGUCAAAAUUACCAUAGUGACUCUUGGGUUCGUCACAUCAGAGAUUACCAAAGGCAAACUCAUGCUCAAGGAGGGCAAAAUAAGAACAGAUGAAGAACAAAUCAAGGUCGUUGGUCCAAUCCCGAUUGGAAGUGCGGCCAUAAUGAGUGGGCAUGCAAAGGAGAAAGAUACGUGA